AUCUUACACCCCGGGACUCUGGUGAUAUCCUGUCACAGUCUGUUUACAUGCAUCGGGCUCAGACUGAUCCUACUGAGAGAUUAAAAGUUUCCUCUCUGUUUGCAAGGCAGACCUGCAGCUUCAGAAGCCUGGCAACAGAAGAGCUUAAAAAUGAGUCACCGUUCUCGGGCAUCCAGGGUGCGAAACCACCUCCACUGUGAUACCUGCUACAGCCGGCGCUGCAGGGUUCGGGUGGAGGUCUCUGUGUGCUGCGCGGUCAUCCCCUGCCGCCUGCUCUGUGGUGCUGUCUUCCACCUGUGCAAAGAAGAGGAUCACCUGCUGCUCUGCCCUAAUGUGAGGGUACCCUGCAUCAAUGCUGAGUACGGCUGCCCGGUCCAGCUGCCACGCUCCUCACGGGCAGCUCACCUGCAGGUGUGCCCGGCCAGCGUGGUGUGCUGCUCCAUGGAGUGGAACCGCUGGCCGGCCAAUGAUGCCCAUUCUUUCCCCACCACAGAGCUGCAUGAAAACCUGCUCAGAGAGAGAGAGCAGGGAGGGUGUCUCGACCUGGCUCUGGCUUUGAAAGACCAAGACCGCCUGUUUAACUCCAUGAAGAUGAAGAAACUGUUCCCAGAGCUGAUCCAGAGUGUGAAGGAGGAGGAGAGGGAGGAAGAGAGGAUAGAGGAGGAAAGGAGGAAAGACAAGGAGAAGAAGAAAAAGGCCAUCUUGGAGAAGGAGGCAGCAGAAAGGGAAGCUGCAAAACAAGCCAGUCAGCUCGCCUGGGAGUCUUUUAACAUAUUCAAUCUUAAUACCCCUGAUGACAAUGAGGAUGAAGAGGAUGAGGAUGAAGAGGUUGAGGUUGAAGUUGAAUAUGAACAGGGGCUCACACAGGAGGAGAGAGAGGCUCUUGCAAGGGCAACAGAAAUAGAAGCUGGUAAUCUAGAAAGCUACAACGCCUGGGAGCGAAUGUUCAGUAUGGAGAUGGGUGGCUGCAGGGAAGCUGAAGGGACAGCUGUGGCCGGCAGAGGAAGGGGACUGUCUGAAGGGAGGGGGAAAGGCUUGAGCACUGUGAUGGAAGAAAAUACAGCAGAUACCUGUGUAGGUGCAACAGCAUCAAACACCUGCAAACUGCUGACCGGUGCUCUGAAUCGGAGGAAGAAGUUUGCAUAUGAACGCAUAGAGCCAAUGAAGAUCAUCACUGUGCGGACUUUUAAAGUCCCGACCAGCUUUUCUGCCAAGCAGGGCCGCAUCCGCAACCCUGGUUUCUACAAAAGAGAGAGCAAAGCUGUGGAUACCAGUGACCUAGGGGUGGUGCCAGAGGACAUGCCAGUCUGGGAGGAAGUUCAGGCCUCUCUGCUGUGCUCCCUGGAGAAGGAGCAGAGAGGUCACCUCAUUGCGGAGAGCGUGUGCACAGACGGUCUCUUAACAGAUGAAGGCACGCAGACCUACAGCUUCCUGUCCACUCCUUUCCGGAGAAAUACAUCGCUUGCCGACCUGACGGCUGGAAAACUGCUGGAGCUGCACCUUCAGCUGCAGGUGGAGAGCGUCACCAGCCGACAUCACAAGGCCAGCUCCGCCUUCACCUUCCUCUGCGGACACACCUUCCAGCGCAGAGAAUAUGGCAAACAUUAUAAGAACGUCCACAGUGAUAUCCAGAUGGGUAUAAACGGGUGGUUUGAGCAGAGAUGCCCGCUUGCGUACCUGGGAUGCACCUACAGCCAGAGGAGAUUUCAGCCUUCCACAUACACAGCAACCGUGAACUACAAUGAGGAUCUAGGCUGCUUCAGCCUGAUUCCCACCAUCCCCGUUUACUUGGGCGACACUUCUCAGACGUCCAGGAGCACAGGUGCCUCCUCCAGCUUUACUCAGAGGACAAGAGGCAGUCGAGCAGGAGGAGGGGACGACUCGCUGAGCUCGCUUCCUUACGAGGUGCUGUGCCACGUGGCCAGUUUCCUGGACAGUUUUUCCCUGUCCCAGCUGGCUUUGGUGUCCCGCCUGAUGAGGCAGGUGUGCUCCUCUCAGCUGCAGGAGAGAGGGAUGGUCACCCUCCACUGGGAAAGGAAGACCUACUCACAUGGAGGAGCCAAGUGGAGGGUGAAGCAGAGGGUCUGGCAGUUCAGUACCUUGUUCUCUCCGGUGGAUACUUGGUGCUUCCAGGAGGGGCCGCCCAUCUCAGAGCAUAUAAAGGUGUGUCCUUACUACGAGAGGGAGUCCAGGAUGGAGAAGAUUCAUCUGCCACAUUUUCGAGAAGAAACCCAGACCAACACAAGCUGCAAAGCUCCCACUCUGGUUACCUUGUUCCAGCAGAAGAGGAUCCUGAUGUAGUUCAUUAUAAACAUCUGCUUUGGAUUUUUAUUGCAUGUUUUCCCCUCUAUUCCUAUUAUU